UCACCUUCGCGCCCAACUCACAAGUCACAACUACUCACAAGUUUGUUUAUUAAAAUUUGUUAGUUGUUUUUUUACUCAGUAGUUCAGUACAUAGUUCCUUCCGUCCGCAGCGAAUUACGAAACUGUGCAGUGUGCAGUAAUUAUUAAUAAACAAAUAUUGAAACUUGAAACAACAACUGUUGAACUUAAAUCAAUCUAAUAAUUACCACAAAUUUUUUACUAAUUAGAUUUUGAUCCUAAGCUCGGCCAAUGAACUUAUAUUAAUUCGUGUGCUAAUUAUAAUUAUUCUACAAAAUGAAAAAAUGGUGGAACUGGGUACUCGGUUUUGCUUUGAUUUGUUUAUUAUUCGUAGCUGUUCCUCUUACGUUGUCCAAUCAAAAAGGCAAAGAAGAGUUAAAGCCGAUGUUUGAUGAAUAUAUUCAAAAGUAUAAUAAAAGUUACAAAAAUAAACCCGAUGAAUACGCAGUGAGAUUUGAACAUUUUGUGGCAUCUGUGCGCGAAAUUGAAGAACUAAAUGCGGCUGCGCGUGGCCCUGAGGAGCACAGAGCCAGAUAUGGUUUAACCAGAAUCUCGGAUAUGUCCAAGCUCGAAUACAAAGAGAUUCACUUAUCAGAUGAGAGACUUAAGAAAUCACCUCAUUUGUAUGGCAAGAGUUGGAGCAAGUUCAGAGAUCAGAAACCUGAAAAUACUGUUGGAAAUGAUGAUAAUGAUACACCCCACAGCAGCCACCAGAGAAAUAGAACGCCAUGUGCAAAUGAACCUCAUAAUAAUGUUUAUGUAAUAAUUAGGAAAAAACGUGCUACUCUUCCAUUGAAGGUCGAUUGGAGAACGAAAGGAGUUAUAGGACCUGUAAGAGAUCAGGGUCUAUGUGGAGCGUGCUGGGCGUUCAGUACAGUUGGCACUAUCGAGUCUAUGCAAGCCAUCAAGACUGGCACUCUAAUGCCACUCAGUGUGCAGGAAGUGAUUGACUGCGCCGGUCUAGGCAACAGCGGAUGCGCGGGUGGGGACAUAUGUCUUUUGCUAGACUGGUUGACCAUAACCAACACGGCUAUACAGCACGAGAAAGAGUACCCGCUCCGUCUCAUGAGCGGCGCAUGCAAGGCCACUAAGAACGCGACCGGCGUGCGAAUAUCCACUUUUACUUGUGACGAUUUCGUCGGUGCAGAGGAGAAGAUAUUGGAAGCGUUGGCCACACACGGCCCGGUCACGGUCGCUGUCAACGCCCUAACUUGGCAGAAUUAUCUCGGCGGAGUCAUACAGUAUCAUUGCAGCGGUGCACCGGCUGACUUGAAUCACGCGGUCCAACUUGUUGGCUACGAUUUGACGGCCGAAGUGCCUUACUACAUCGCCAAGAACUCGUGGGGAGCCGACUACGGAAACGGUGGCUAUCUGAUGUUGGCCGUGGGCACCAACAUUUGUGGUCUGGCCAACGAAGUCGCGACCGUAGACGUUCUAUCAACUAUAAAAAUGAACAGAAACACAUUAAAAUUUGUAGUGCCCCUGUCUUUUUUAAUUUUGAUCCUAUGUGGUGUUUUAAUAUUAAACGUUGUUUUUACGAGGGAACUCGAUCAAAAUGAACACUUUGAAAACGUUCCCACGUCUAAAGUAUUCGAUGCGUAUUUAAAGAAAUUUAACAAGAGUUACACCGAAGCAGAAUACAAAAUACGAUUGAAAUAUUUCAGGGCAGCUUUGGUGGAUAUCGCGAAAAAGAAUCGAGAAACGGGAGCCGUUUAUGGUCUAUCUGUAUUAUCGGAUCGAUCUCAGGCGGAAAUACGUCGACGGUUCAUUACUCAAUCUCGAAUAGCGCCGCGCUUAAAAAACACGUAUAGCAAUUGCAGCGGUAAAAUUUACCAGAAUUUAGCUACUGACAAUUUAUUUUCGGAAGACCUACCGGACUAUAAGGAUUGGCGAGAAGAGGGAAUGAUCGGACCUGUUUUGAAUCAAGGAAAUUGCAAUGGCUGUUGGGCAUACAGCAUAGUUGAAACCAUGGAGUCUAUGGCUGUAAAACAGAAAAUGAGUCACACACGUCUUAGCAUACAGGAAUUACUAGACUGCGUUAGUGUCUGUGAGGGCUGUAAUAAAGGCCACGUCGAGGAGGCUCUGAAUGAAAUGUGUAUUAAUGAUACCGUGGUUACAACAGAAGAUAGCUAUCCUCUUGGGAUAAGUCGUGGAAAUUGCAACUCCAGUACAUUUAAGGGCAGAAAGAUAAAGGAGUACUGGCAUUACAGUUUUAUGGAUGAAAAUAUUUUACGUCGCGUGAUAGCCCACCAUGGACCCGUCAUAGUCAAGGUGAACGCUCAGCCCUGGAUAAAUUAUCUUGGAGGCAUCAUCCAGCGCGGUUGUAUGCGCAGUGAAGACGGAGCCACUUUGGAUCACGCCGUUCAAAUAGUCGGCUACAACGCGCGGGGCAGUGUACCCUACUAUAUAGUGCGCAAUUCUUACGGUGCCGACUUCGGUAUCGGGGGCUAUGUAAAGCUCGCCAUGUACCGCAACAUUUGCGGUGUAGCUGAUGAUGUGGCAUUUUUGACAGUUUAUUAAAACGUGUCAAAGUUAAAUUAUUAACUUCAGGAAAUUAAGAUAGCUAGUUUAAUUUAGUUAGUAUUAUAAUCUUGGAAGUUUUAAUUGGGAAAUCUGCUAACUUCGGCUUCGUAAAGCGUAUGGAGGGUAGAGGUAAGGAGAAUCGUCUCAUAUGGGAGAAGCUUAAAAGAGUGUCCCACUUUCAGCACUAAAUAACAGUUCAAAAAUCCUCCAGAAUGGCGCUAGCAUAGGCACAGGGUAUGAUAUGAAUUGAGCAGUUGUUAACUGAUUGAAGUAUGUUGAGUUAGGAAAUUUAAUAUAUAUAAUGACUAGAGUAGUUAGUCACAGUGUAAUAUACAAGACCUCACAUGUUUACGUAGUCCAAAUUAAUUUCGUCAAUAUAACCUAAAAUUAUUGCUGUGGUAAAACGUGGAGACAUCGAUUGCAUUUUCUUAUCAGCGUUAAAUAGAAUACUUUUGUGAUUUUGUAGUUUGCUUACAGUUCUUUCGUCCUUUUUUAUUUCUCUAUUUUAUUCUAAUAACUUUCAGCGCCUUUUUUUUUAUUUACCCGGUUGCUACUGUAGUGCCACCCUUAUUUAGCAGAUUUUAACGGGCACUUUUUACAUACAGAGUUACUACCCUCCAUAGUAAAGCAUCUCUGUCGCAAACGUUAAAUUGUACGACAGAGAUAGCGCUCUAUGAAGCCGAAAUUAGCCGAUUGUUUCUUUCAAAAGGUCGAAGAGCAAUAUUUAUCGCCGGUCACUGUAUAUUCGAAGAGGAAUUGAAUGCAUGCUUUGAUUUCGUAUUUCCCUUUUAAUACUAUUAAAAUUUAAAUGUAACAACUAACUUUUAUAAUACAGUACCACCAUAACAAUAAACUAUAGUAGGUAUAUUUUUGUCACUAUAAUUGAAAUAAUUUGUUGGUUAAUAAAGGCAUACACUAUAAUUAGA